CAGUGGACAUAACCUCUUCUACAUGUGGUCGGCCCCCAGUGCCCCCUUGGACAUCCUGAUCACGGGAAUGCACAGGAAACCCUCCCUCUCUGCCCGCCCGGGGGCCUCAGUGCCCCGGGGAGAGAAUGUGACCCUGCAGUGUCGCUCUGAGGUCCGGUCAGACACCUUCCAUCUGUCCAAGGAGGGGUCGCUCGCUGCUCCCCAGCACCUUCGUCUGCAGGACACGGCUCCACCCAUUCAGGCCAACUUCACCCUGAGUGCUGUGACCUCAGCCCACAGUGGGACCUAUAGGUGCUACAGCUCACAGAAUACCACCCCCCCCCCCCCACACACACACAUGCUGUCCCUCCCCAGCAACUCCCUGGAGCUCCUGCUCUCAGGGAGCAGCUGGGGCCUGCAGACCCCACCCACAUGCGCGAGCUCCACGUCCGCUGAAUCCGCAAACCAAGGUGAACUACAGGAGCUGAUGGACACGCUAAUUAGCAUGAUCGUGCUGUUUCACAGGCACUCCUUCUCGCUGAGGAAGAAGCAGCAUGACCUGGUGGGCUUAGUGGCUGAGACUCUGCCCACAGGGCAGAAGGGGCUGGCAUCCUCCCCGAAGCAUUUACAGGGCCAGGUGACCCCGUCCACGGAGAGGACCGCCGGAGACCUUCUGUUGUACGGGCAUAGGAGGAAGCAGACCCCGAGGUGCAGGCCGGGACCCCCCCCCAAACCCACCAUCUGGGUUGAGCCGGGCUCUGUGGUCCCCUGGGGGAGCCCCGUGACCAUCUGGUGCGGGGGGACCCUGGAGGCCCAGGAGUUCCGUCUGGAUAAAGAGGGAGGCCUGGUUCUCUGGGACAGACAGAAACCCCCGGGUCCUGGGGACAAGGCCAGAGCGCAGCGAUCCCUGGAGCUGGUGGUGACACGUGAGGGACACUCAGGCCGACUUCCCCUGGGCCCGGUGGGCACCGUCCACGGGCGUGGGUACAGAUGCUACGGUGGACACGGCCUCUCCUCCGAGUGGUCGGCCCCCAGUGAGCCCCUGGAGCUGCUGGUGGCAGGAGAGGAGCCAGCGGGACGGCUCAGAGACAGACCCUCCCUCUCGGUGCGGCCGGGCCCCUCGGUGGCCCCGGGGCAGAAUGUGACUCUGCUGUGUCAGUCAGGAGACAGGACGGACACUUUCCUUCUGUCCAAGGAGGGGGGAGCCCAUCGUCCUCUGCGUCUGCGCUCCCAGGACCAAGACGGGCGGUACCAGGCCGAGUUCUCCUUGAGCCCUGUGACCUCAGCCCACGGGGGCACCUACAGGUGCUACCGCUCACUCAGCACAGACCCCUACCUGCUGUCACAGCCCAGUGAGCCCCUGGUGCUCGUGGUCUCAGGCCUCACGUGGUACCUGAGUGUCCUCAUUGGGGUCUCGGUGACCUUCAUCCUGCUGCUCCUCGUCCUCCUCUUCCUCUUCCUCCGACACCAGGGUCAGGACAGAUGCAGGAAGUCGCGUGAGUAGGGAACGGGGUGACUC